AUGAAAAUGCUUAUUUUACUAGUGACUUUGUUGGGUUCAGCUUCCUCUAUCAAAAUGAGAUGUUUUUGGGCGGUCGAAAAAGGAAACUGCCAAGAAGCACUGCUCAGAUAUACGUUCGACCGAGCUACACAGCAAUGUGUACCGUUCAUCUUCACCGGUUGUAAUGGCAAUGCUAAUAGGUACCCAACCUUGCAACGCUGCCAAAGAACAUGUAUGAAAAACAUGGAAACCAUUUAUCCAAAACAGCUGAACGGCCUUUCAUGA